AUGGUAUGCAACUUGGGAAUAAAUGUAAGAACGCUAGACGAUGUCUCCAAAUUCGAGGGACCGCCAAGCUGGCCCAUUAUCGGAAGUGCCCAUUUAUUUAUCGGAGGUGGAGAAGCCAUUAUCAACAGGCAGCGAGAAUUUGAGAAAUUGUAUUCCAAGCCGUAUGGAAUGUUUUUGGGCAACGACGUAUACUUCGUGACGAGCAAUCCUGACCAAAUAAAGGUGAUAUGCCAUAAUCCGAAGACUAUCGAGAAGGCUGACAAGUUUGUGGAUUUGUUUCGACCGUGGUUGGGUUCAGGAUUACUCACUGGUCCCGCGUCGAUAUGGAGAGUUCACCGAAAGCUGAUUCAGCCAACGUUCGACGUUCAGUUCGACGAUUCUAAACUCUUUCCUCGAAGUAUUCGUCGCCAAGGCUGUGAUAUUGAUCAACCGAAUAGAGAAUCAUGUAGAUUAGCCAGAAUUCGAAGUCCAGAAAUACUUCGCGAUGUGCACGUUGGACACAAUCUGUGGGACAGCGAUGGGUGUGGACUUUGAAGCGCAGACGAAGGAUGAUUGUCGAUAUGCAGAAGCUAUACGAUCGUGAGUCAAUCGUACUUCUAAUCAGAGUUGAAAUCCAGUGAUCUAGCUCUUAUCGAAUUG